AUGCAAGGCAUAUCAACAAUAUCCGACAUAUUUAACCGUCCUCCAUCCAUCGCUGAGGAUACACUACAAUACACGAUCUACCCACCUGCAGCGCAAUCGGACAAAUCCUCAGUCACAACUUUUGCAGCGUGUAUCCAGUCGUUCGUACAGGACCUCCUCGUUGAAUCCAAGUUUCUUUGGCAUCGGGAUGCAUUUGAAGUGAAGGUUGUGCCUAAUCCGUACUAUACACGUCCACCCAAAGAUAAGGACAAGAAGGAUGGGGAAGGGGAGCCGGAGUAUAUCCUCGAAGGCCGCAUGCGGGUGGGUGAUUGCGUCGAUGAUGAAUGGUGUGUCGUCUGGUUGCUGAGAGAAGUCUCUUCAAAAUGGGAUUUGGCAGUCAGCGUGUUCGACUCGGAUGGAGAAUUCCUCCUCAUCGAAGCGGCUGAAGCCUUACCUCCAUGGGUCCAACCCUCAAACUCUGAGAACCGGGUCUGGAUAUACAAAUCCCGCCUCCACUUAAUCCCACUAUCCUUCAUCUCCCCUCCCUCCUCCAAGAAACACCCGCGCCGCAAACUACCUGGACGUGGUGCACGCGGGAGCGGGGGCGGCAGCGACAAUGAGGACAACCUCAACGAAGACGACGAUGACGAGUUCAUCUCUGUACCUGACGCUCUCAAGGCUAUCCGAGACCCCCUUUGCCAGACCUUUGCGCCAAAGGGAGUUGAAGAGAUUGUAUGGAACCGGAUUUCGAGUUAUCCAGAAGCGUUGAAGAACCAUGUGCAUCGCACGAAAGCUUACAUCCCAGCGGACGUCGCGAAAGCACUACAUCACAAUCCUGCACUCGUCCAACGAGCAGUCGAAACGUUCUAUACGCGGGAUGCUAUCCAGUUACGCGCAGCCCACAAAAUGACGCGCUUCCCACCACCCACCACCGCCCUCCACACCGUCACCCUAACCCGCACCGCCUACGCGCAACUCCAAGGCCAAAAGUUCCACCCUCCCAAGGUAUUUGGGCGGUGGGAGGAGAGGGAGGGGACGAGGGAGUGGAGGUGGAGGGAUGUUGGUAUGAAAAUUUCCGAAGCAAUCAAAGACUCCCUCCGCAACAACCCCGACUACCUCACCUACAUCCAAAACCUCCUCUCGACGGGGUACUUCCGUGAUGAAAUCGAAGGGUCUGAAAAGUGGAAAGAGUUGGAGACGAAGGCUGCGUUGACGUUUGUGGAGGUUCGGAGGGCUGAUGACGCCACAAGACCAAGUUUCGCAACCCAAGUCGACAGCGCGAUCGCUCAAGUAGUUUCUGCACCUCCUCCUUCGACGGUUGACGACCCAGAAGACGACGACGCAUGGCUCAACAUUGACGAGAGCGAUUUUGAUAGUAUGCUUGCGAAGGCUAUGGGCUCCAAGGGCAACACUACCACUACCGGUACUUCUCCUCGUAAAGGUCAAGGCGGUGAGGUUGGAGAGGGAGAAGCGAUGGAUACACGAGAGGACGGAGUUGCGGGUGGUGAUGGUGAUGCUGAUAGAGCAAGAGAUGAAGACGCGUUCGCUUCGGUUCAAGCUAGUCGACUUAAGGAUCUGGCUAGUAAAGUGGAAAAGUUUGUGGAGGGGGAGGGUGACCUUGAGGGUGCGAGGUUUGAAGAUGAACUACUCUCGGAUGAAGAAUUCAGCGACGACGAGGAAGAGUUUGGAGAUGGAGAUUCGGAUGAUGAAUCGGAUGUUGGUGGAGAGGCGAUGGACCAAGACGACGACGGAAGACAAGACGACGAACACUCUACGACUACGGCCUCAUACGUGAAACAAGCAACAUCGCGGAUGACAGAAUCCGAGAGGCAAGCGGCUAUGAACGAGCUGGUCGCUCCGCUCAAGGAGGGGGAGUACGGGCAGAUGCCGGCGAGGUACAGUCAGUCGCAGCGUGUCAAGCCGACGACGAUUGAGACUGAGGUUGUGGAGGACACGAGGGGUGGGGGUGUAUCCAAAGCUAGUUCUGCUUCAUCCAAGGAUGGUGGUUCCACUACCAGCCUAGAUGCAAAUGGUACAAAAACGAGCGAUGAGGGAGGAGGAGGAGGAGUGAAACCCCUCCCCAAAACCAAACCCAUCCGCCCUCCCAUAAUCCCGCGCGACAAAUACGAAGGCGUAGAAUCUGAUUCCUCCGAUUCCGAGCCUGAUUCCGAAGAUGAAGAGAACCAACCUCAGGUCGUAGGGGUAGGGGAUGGCCAAGGAGGCGAAGGAGGAGGGGAGGCAGAGUUUAUAGAUAUGGACGAAGAGGAGGAAGAGUUUUUAGAGUUUUCGAGGCAGGCGUUGGGGAUUAGUGAGGAGAUGUGGGAGGGGAUUGUUAGGGAUCGGAGGGAGAGGGGGGCGUUUUUGCCGAAGAGUGUUUUGAAGGGGGAGAAAGCGAAGGAGAAGGCGAAGGAGAAAGGGAAGGAAAAGGAGUUGGUACCGCCUAAACCGGAGCCAAAGGCAGAUGAACCCAAGUCUCAGAGGGCCACAGCAGAAGGACAGAACCAAGCGAACCCGUUAGACCCCGACGCGAUCUUUGACAGACCAAAGAGACGACAACCGCAUUCCGGUCCUCGACCUGAUGCGAACCCUGCACUAGACUCGUUCGAAGCCGUGAUGCAGGCUUUGGAUGCGGAACUGGAGAAGGUGAAGAGGGAGAAGAAUGGUGGUGGUGCACCUACCAAGGCUUCCACAACUCAAAAACAACAGCAACAACAGCAGAGUAAACCCGUGUUUGGACCUGAACCUCCUCCUCCACCUUCCUCCACCGCCAACUCCAACGCGAAAGGAAAAGGGAAAGGGAAAGCCAAGGCCCCCGUAUCGUCCAUCCCACCCAUAUCCGAAUCCAACGAAAACGAAGACGAAGAAAUGCAAUUCGACGACGACUUUGACAUCGAAGCGGCGAUGGAACAAGAGCUCAGAGCAGCUCUCGAACGGGCUGACGACGACGAGUCGGAUUCGGAUGUCGAUAUGGAAGGUGGAGGGAGGAGAAGAAGUACUAGUGGAUCGACGGGUAAAGGAGGUGAAGGGAUGGAUUAUAACCUCAUCAAGAAUUUUUUGGAGAGUUUUAAGAGCCAGGGAGGGUUGGCUGGUCCGGUGGGGAAUUUGGCGGGGAGGUUGCAGCCUGGGUGGACGUUGCCUAGGGAUCAGGAGUAG